UCCAAAUAUGCAAGAUUUUCCCGCGCGCGGGCACUCUUUAAAGCAAACCAUCCCAUAACUCCUUGCGCGCUGAAGGUGAAGAUUCUAAAUCUCACGGCGAGUUGAGAAGCGUGGAGAACCUAUGAUCUUAUUUGUGUUCAAUUUAUUCGAUAUUUGCGUCAUCGAUAGCUUUAGAUUUUACUCUUUUAACUGUCGUGCUAUAAAUUUUUUUCGUUGUGACUGAAUGCCCUCGUUUAGCGCAUGUGAGUGAGGAAACGGCUAAUGGACGAGGAAGCCGAGUGAAUGUGACAAUCUCAACGAUCUUCGCUGGGUAUCAACCCUUUCCUGUUUGAUAACACUGUCGGUUUUGAUCUCAGAAUGUUCCACACGCCGUUGUGCCCAAAAGACUGUGAAAUUAGACACCACGAUGUCAUCACUUCGCUGCAAGCUCUCACUCCUCGCUUCAGUUCCGCGAUGAAUGCAGCGAUCUUCAGUCCUUCUCGUGUCACUCGUGGUAACAACAAGGAUGACUUCAAAAAACAGGUCCACAAGCUCCUUGCCACGGGUUGGAAGAAGGACAAAAAUGUCCCAGAAAAUAGUAAAGAUUUUCAGCUGCCCCUUCUUCACUUGGCGAGCAUGUUUGGAAAAUACGAAGCGGUCGAUUGGUUGUUAAACGAAGAGAAUUUCGAUGCAGCUUUGAGGUCCUCCUCAUCGAACGAGACUGCACUGCAUUUAGUUGCUCGCCACCUUUACAAGGCGUUGUUGUCCGAAUCUACUAGACUAGAAAACAUGAGCAUCAGCGCGAAAGUUUCCAAUUUUGAGAAGGUAGUUUCGUUGCUGAUCGUUAAGGAAGUGAGCCUUUUCUGGGCAAAAGAUGGCUUGAACAAAGAGACACCAUUUCAUAUUCUUGCCAAACACCUUCUCGCCGCCAACUCCGCGGAAGCGGAUUCAGGAAUAGAAGAUCAGUGCUUGGCGUUCUACUCGAAGAGCUUUAAUAUGAUCCUGAAACUUCUCCUGGCCGAAGAGGACGGCAGGUUAAGCAGAAAGGAUAUCAUGCAAGCUCUUAGUAUUAGGAAUGGUGAUGGAGACACUCCAUUGCAUAUUGUGGCCAAAGCAACCAAGCAUGGAUACCAAGUGCUUAAGUUCCUGGUGAAGUCAUUAGGAUCCUCUGAUCUUCUGAAACUCAAGAAUGAAAAAAGUCUCACGGUAUUGAAUAUCGUGAAUGAAUGUUAUCCUGGCCAUGAAAAGGAUUUGAUUGUUGAAGAAGAGGGCAGAAAGCAGUUGGACCCUGCUGAUUUUCCAGGUAAGAAGCUGAGACCUAAAGCUUCAAGUUCAGAUGAACCAGACCAAGGAACAGCGGAUCUAGUACAAUUCCUGAGUCGUAGUUCUUCAAAUCCCAUGAGGCUCUCCCGUCAUGAACCAGCUUUAGGCCGUGGCUCAGCAAGACGUUCUGAGGGAUGUGCAUUUCACACAAAGUAUUUUCCAGGUUUGUGCUCUCCAGAUUGCUUUGAUACCAUGGCAGCCUGUAAGGAAAUUUUAGACACCCAUACUCCUCUCUGUCAAACUGACUGUGAUCUCCAGCAUCACUUGUUGACAUGCUGUGUCUUCAGCCCAUCUGUCGUGUUCCGUACAGACGCUGCCAACAAGAUUCCCUGGAAGUUCAGGUUGUGCCUACAGGCUUCCUUCAUAGCAGGCUGGGAAAAGUACAUGAAUGUUCCAGAUCCUCUGGCUAGUCUACGUUUUCCACUGCUGCACUUGAUCUGCAUGAGUGGUAAUCUUCUUGCUGCAACAAGCCUUAUGCGAUACAUGAAGUUUAAACUCAGUGUCUCCACGAGAAGUAAAGAAACUCCCCUUCAUCUGGUCGCUCAGUACUUUCCUGUCACCCACGCAGAUACCAAGAUUCCCAACUUCCAGCAAAUUUUGAACUUUCUUACUGACGAGGAUCAAGGGAUGCUGUUCAAGUUUGAUCUAAAGGGAGAUACAGUGCUGCACGUCUUGGCCCAGUGUUUCAAUGGAAUGGCAAGCAAACUGCAAACAAAACCAAGUGAUGCACCGCUUGACAAGAGUGCUCUGGUUAAGCAGAAAAAUUGCUAUUAUAAAGCAAUGAAGGUUUGCCUGCGUAAACUUUCAGAUCUCCAGUUGAGCAACAAGCUUUGUAAAAAGCAAAUUUGCAAACUGGUGCAUGACAGGAAUAGUGCUGGUAAAACGUUCUUGGACAUUCUGCAAGGAGGUCCAGACAGUGUCAUGGGAAUGAUACUCCAGACGUAUGCCAAGGAGUUGUUGCCAUAUUGUUUUGGUGACGAAAGGCAUGAUCUGGUUAGUGGCAUAUGCCAGUUGUCUUGCCCUUGCAGUGGCGGGGAAGCAGCAUCCCAAAGCCUAGAUUGUGAAACUCAGGCUGGUCAAAGUGAAGAAGGCGAAAGCUCUGUUCAAGAACCAGUGUCAUCUUCACAAAGUCCACUUGCUGACGUCAAUGACAGCUCUGCUGAUGUCUCUGAACCACAGUUGACUCAUGACCAGCCUACACAAGUGGAAGUGGCACCUUCAUCUGCGCUUCCUAGAAGACCCCAAGCACAGGUGCGUAGCAUUCAGGUUCUGGGACAAGCAACGGCAGGGAACCCUUCUUCACAAGCUAACACUGCUGCGCAACCAGUGCAGCAUAUUCCAGUGGUUUUCAUCAAGCAGGAGCCAGUUGACUUGCAACAUGACGCCCAGUGUUUUGUUACCACCAACAGUCACCUGGAAGCUUAUACACCAAGGCAGAAUGCUUUCAUCAUUCGUACUGGUGCUGCUGUUACAACUCCCGUUCAGAACCCUUCACCUCAGCGGUCGUUUGAAAGGGGCAUCAUCCAUCCAGGUGACCAUUCUUCAUCAAACCCAUCAUCUUUGCAAUCACUUGUUCAUUGUGUCCAGGCAGUGCCAAAUGUGACUACAACAAGAAAUCAGCCAUUGGCAACUGGUACCCAAAUUCCAACCUUAGUUCAACAAGGGGUACAGACAGUGGGGACACCUACUGUCAGUCAUCCAUCAAGUGCUGGCACCCAAACCACAGCGUUGCCACAACAACGAGGACAGAUGACACAGACUCCUUCUGUCAACCAGCCAUUAAUGGCUGGUACCCAAACUACAGCGUUGUUGCCGCAAGGGGGACAGACAGUGAGGUCACCUACUGUCAACCAGCCAUCAACUGCUGGUACCCAAACCACAGCCUUGCUGCUGCAAGGUGUGCAGACAGCAAGGACACCCUCCGUCAAUCAGUCACCACAGGGUCAAACAGGAGCCUCUAAGGAUCCUUUAAGAAGAGAGCAACUGGCUCAGGCAAAACAAGUGCAGGGUAAACGAAAAUCAGCUGAAUCUGUUAAAGAGAUGGCUUUGGAAACGCUAAGCAAAUAUAAGACAGAUUACAAAAUAGAAUUUUUCCACACACCACUUUGUUAUGUAAAUUGCAGCAUUGACCAUCACCAUCUUAUCCUGGCACUGCUGAGCUCUUCAAAUAGAUUAAUUUCCCGAGGUUCACUGAACAGCUUUACACAGCUUUUAGAAACCACCAAAGUCAACUUCCUUAAAUGUGUGAAGAAGAACCUUGAUGAGGGUUUUGCUAAAGACCUUGACAUCUCUGAUGGUUUGGUUGUAUUGAAAUAUCCUUUGAUUCAUCUGGCAGGAAUUUUCUUCAAGUAUACAGCCAUAGACUUGUUAGUUCAUCUCGGCUUUGAGCGAAAUCCGUGUUCACCAAGAACAGGUGAACUGCCCUUGCAUUCAACAUUACGCCAUGGCUUCUCAACUGGUUCGAAGCUUUACAAGUCAUUUGCCAUGAACAGGAAUUACGAGAAACUGUUUUCCAGGGUGUUCAAAUCAUUUUCCAGUGAAACGGAUGUGAUUGAGCUUCUGUCUCAGCAAGACAAAAAUGGAGACACACCCUUACAUGUUGCAGCUAAGAGGAUGAUUGAACGACCUGCUCCACUCAGCAAGCCAUCAAACAUUGUUACAUCAGAGAUUCCUGAUUCAACCCAGGAAUGUGAGUCAAACAGUUCUAGAAGAGGUGUUCCUGCGGAUGUUACUCUGGUUUGCACGCUCGGCCCCCCCAGUGAGCAGCAUCGGUGUCGAGCCGACUUUUAUAUUCACUGCUUGGAGUACAUUUUGAGAAAGGUCCAGGAGGCUGCGACAAAUGCUCGUAAAGUGAACAUUGGCCUUGUAAAGCCUCUGUUCUUAAUGAAGAAUAAUGAAGGAGAAACAUUUCUGCAGAUUAUGUGCAAGGAGCACCAUAUAGCUAAUACGGCUAUAAAUGACCUGCUCAACAGAUUUCCCGAUGUGACUUUUGUUGACUGUGUUAAGCAGAGUGUUCCUGAACCCUGUUGGCCUUAUACCUGUUUGCUUGGUGAGCCUUUAGUUGAAGAAGAGAGCACAAGUGGUGUCUUGGUGACUGUGUACUCCCCCAUGGAGGUGUCUGGACCAUCUGACACACCAUCAGAUGCACAGCCUUCAAAACCAGAGUCACCCCAGCCAUCUUCAGAGGUCAAUUUGACACAGGUUUCGCCAUCUACAUCUAACACAUCGUCAGUGAGUGUUAUAGUGCAGGAGUCCACUACUACACCCUCUACAGUCACACCCAUGCAAGUGAAUUCAGCUUUAGUUUCACCAACAUCUGCUUCCAACACAGGUGAUCUCCUUGAUUCUGUGUUGACUCCGGUGGUGGCAAACCCUGGACAUGCCACCUUGAGACCUACCACCAAACGCAAGAUCAUUGAAGCCUUGAGAGAAGACUAUACAGAGAGGUUGGAAUUGGCUGUGAAGGGAAGGCGAGAAGUGGAAGAAGACAUCCUCAAACACAGGUCAAAGACUGAGGAACUGGCAGAGGUGAUGGCAAAGAAAAGGGAAGAAAUGCAAAAGUUGGAAAGGGAGCUGCAAGAGUUGCAGAAGGAAAUGUGGCACAAGAAUCAAGCCAUCCAAGCAUUAGAAAACAGCCUCGAGCAGUUUUCAAAAGAGGAAGAAGAACUGGGAAAGAACUUGGCUGUUCUCCUAGGUGCAGAUCCAGAACCCCCAACCAAAAAGAGUAAAACCCAGGACAGUGACAGCUCUGAGCAAGAUACAGGAAUGUGAAAGGGAGAUAUGCAUAGAUUAUAAUAAGUUUACAUUCAUGUGACAAAAGACCUUGUAGUUUAGUUAGUCUAUAUUAUGGGUUAUCAUAAAAACAAGAUGCAUGACAUGAAUGAUGAUGCAACAAUGCUGGUGAAUGAUAUCUGUUGUGAAAAAAUGUCUCCUCUGGGAACAAGGUUUUGUCUAAGUCAUAUGUCCCUCUAAUUCAAACUUAUUUGAAUAAUGGGACAAUGUCCAAAUCAAGUAAAAGUAAAAUUGUGCCAUCAUUUGAACAGUUCAUCCAACUUGUUUCUGUGGUAACAAGAAUGUAAACCUCCAUCUUUUAAAACGCCCCUGAUAUACAUGUUAUCAAAUAAGGAAUUUUUUACAAGAAAAUUGCCUCACUCUUUACUACUGGACGUGGUGCAUGUUCCUUCACCUUUUGUCAUCUCAUACUGAUCUUAAGGGAUUAUGGAAAACUGAUCUUGAACAGGUGAAUCUCUUACACAGCGCUGAGAAGCACUUGAAAACACUAGAUAGCCUCCAAUGGUCAAAAUUUGAUAACAGUGAAACAGGCUACACAAAAACGCACACACAACUUGACUUUUGUGACUACUCACGGUUACCACUGGGUCAAUUUUUGUCAGGGCAUGCAUGGUAAUGCACAGAAAUACUCUGAUGUGUAAGUAAGAGUUCAUUAGUGAAUGAAAGUCUCAAAAUUCUCCCAAGUAGCACUGUGAGAAAUGUCUACUCACCAGGAAGGAGAACUUUUAUUUUGAUCUCAUAUGAUCAUAAAGUUAUGAUGUGCUUGCAAUUUCAUUUUCAUUAUUUGUUCAGUUUUAGUCAAGCAUAUUACAUGCAUACUUAAAAUUUUCUGUGUCCAUGCUGAUAAUAAUUAUUUAAUUAAUUAAUUUGAUUUUAUGCAAAUAGUAACUAAAGAGAAUGUUAUUGAAGAUUUUAGUUUAAAACUGGACUCACUUCACAACAUGUAAGCACAGCAUGUGGGCUUUUUAUUUGUCAAUGCUUUUGUGACUUACAAUGGGCAAAAAAGGUGUUGAGACACUUUGCUGUUUUGGAGUACCUCCAACAAAUGUUCCCCCCCCCCCCCCCCUCCUUCCAUACUAACCCCUCCCCAAAAACAAGGUUGGCCUUCUUGACCCUAAAACGUCCCUCUUUCCUCUACAAUAUCGAAAAUGGGGAGGGAGGGUACUCUUCUCAAUUUAAACCAAAGUUGAAACGGAAUAAGUGAAAUGUUGCAAUUAGCACUCAAUUCAGCCAACUGUCUCAACUACUUUUGUCACCCAUUGUAGGUUUUAUGUACUUGAAGUUCUUAGAAACAAAAACCUUAUUGGCAUAAAGUAACUGCAUUGAUCUCAGGAAUACAGUAUGCCUUCACACAUGUUAUUGGUUGACAUUGUCUAAGGUGGAUCCUUUGAUCAAGAAAAUGUAAUACAGAUAAAGGAAAGUACUCCCACAUAAGCAAACUUAUAUCUACUUAUGUCAAACAAGAGUUGUUAUGGUGUAUAAAGAACACUGAAGAUUCUUAACUAUAGUUAACAGUUAAUAGUUAUCAUAUGUUAAUAGUUGUACUGGAAGCAACCAUAAUUACUGAUUUUCCAGUUUUAGUUAGGUGUUGUAGGAACAAUUGCAUAUUUCUUUUGAAACCUAGCUAUGUUGCUUACGGCACCAUGCAGUGGAAAGAAAUGUUUUAUUUCUCAAAGGAGUUGGCAGUAACUGUGUUCUUUGUGGAUUGCCAAAUUUGUUGACUCUUCCCAGAAUGUAGAACCACAUUUUUACCAUGUUUAAAGAGACUGUUUCCAAAAGGUUUUUAUCUGUAAAUGGAGUAGAAGAUUUUAGAAAACUGAUCAGUGUAAGUGUUAAAGAGAAUUAUUUAAUAUUUUAUGUCAAUACAGUCUGAUAGAUGUUAUAAUUGAGAUUUUGAGACAGACAUAUUACUUCAAUAGUCGCUUAUUCUUUUCAGAUAAGUGUUGAAGUAGACGAUUCAGGCCUGCUCAGGGGAGGGGUGUGUAGUUUGGCAUCAAAAUACCCAAUUUUUUCCCCUCAUAAGAUACCAAUACUACAAAAUUAUAAAAUAUGUGCUACUAAAUCCCUUAAUUUAUCUUACAAGUUUAAUUCAUGUCUAUAUAACGAAUACCUAAAAUUCAGGGAAAACUAGAUACUUUAUACCCAAAUUGUGACAAAAAAAAAAUACCAUAGACCUGAGUUAAACAGCUGCAGAUACUGUAUAUCCUAAAUCGUUGGCUGGGCCUGACAAUUAAGUGACACUAAAUGGGCAAGAAAAAGGAAAAGUAGGUUAUAAUACAAUAGAAUUGUAAGAAAAUAUUAUCUCUGCAUGUCUCAUUUGGUUAAGAUGUACAAAAGUUUAAAUGCAUAUUGCCUUACAUAACAUUUUAUCAACUCUUUCAAACCAAACAUUGACCAAUAUUAAAUUUCUCCUUAUGUAUCAACUCGAUGUUAGGAAUGUAAGUUAGGAGAAGAACACAACUUGUCAUAAAGGAUGUUUGAUAAAUUAGUACAUUCUCUUAAAUAACUUUUACUGUGGCACAGUCUAUCUUACCCAGUACUGAGCAUGUUUGGGCUGAAGGGUUUAAUUGAUUUAUGUUACUUGUAAUACGUAGUAGCCUUUUGUCGUUCAUGUUUGACACUAAUUAUUAUUAUUUUCCUUGAUGAUGAGUUUGCCUUCUGACCCUCGUCAUUCUGCAAUUAUAGUAAUCAUGCUGUGUAAUUUUCCAUAGAACUUGCUAAUAAAGCCUUAAUUAUAUCA